GCCAUCAGACUGGAGAACUCAAAGGAGGUGAGAAGAGUCACCAAAAGAGUCAAAGAACAUAACAACUUCAACAAGUCACUCUCUUCUAAGAUGAAGACCUUCAGUGUUGCAGUUGCAGUUGCAGUGGCCGUCAUGCUCACCUUUAUUUGUAUUCAGGAGAGCUCUGCCACAUUUACUGAGAUACAGGAGCUGGAGGAGGCGGUGAGCAAUGACAAUCCAGCUGUUGAACAUCAGGAGACAUCAGUGGACUCAUGGAUGAUGCCAUAUAACAGACAGAAGCGUGGCAUUAAGUGUCGCUUCUGCUGCGGCUGCUGCACCCCCGGUGUCUGUGGACUGUGCUGCAGAUUCUGAGGAUUCCUGCUCCAACAACCGUUAAAUGUUCAUUUGUUUGGCUUUAGUUUUACCACUUUGAAUUAUUGUAACAUGGUUGUAAAGUUCUGAUGAUGUUUCUGGAUUUGGUCACACUGUAGUUAAUGUUUGCUCAGUGAUGUGACUGUAUCAUCCACAUGUUAUCCUACAUAUCUGCUGAAUUAUCACAAUAAACUUCAAUGUCACUAUA